UCGUUGCAGCUAGCUCGACGCUGGUGCCAUUACAGGAUACAAACAGAAGGUUAGACAGGCUGACAGCAAGUAAUCUUUCAGCGAAGGAAGGGAUUGUCUGCACUGUCGCCGCGGAUCAGCACUGGUUGUGUUAUGAGAAGAGGACACUAGCUGUUUUAGGACUUUGAUUGAGCACCAUGGCUGCAGCCCCUCCACUCAGACGGACAGAUUCAGCUCGGGGGGAGUUCUCCCCUCUGAAGCACUUUGUUGUGGCCAAGAAGAAGAUCAGUGAUGUGUUUGAACAGCUACUCAACUACGUGAAAGAGACUUCAGAGUUUGUUGAAGAAACCUGUGGGAACAAAGCUUUGGAGAACAUUGCGAGUCAGGAUCAAAAGUUGGAGAUUCAGGCGUACGCUGACAAACUUGCUGUCAUUAAGGAGGUGCUGGCCCGCAGACACAUGAAAGUGGCCUUCUUUGGCAGAACGAGUAAUGGUAAAAGUACAGUGGUGAACGCCAUGCUGAGGGACCGCGUGCUGCCCAGCGGGAUUGGCCACACCACUAACUGCUUCCUGAGUGUGGAGGGCACUGAUGAGGACAAGGCCUACCUCAAGACAGAGGGCUCGGAUGAGGAGAAGAGCAUCAAGACUGUAAACCAGCUGGCUCACGCACUCCACAUGGAUGAGAGUCUGGACGCCGGAUGUCUUGUCCGUGUGUUUUGGCCAAAGACCAAGUGUGCUCUACUUCGAGACGACCUGGUGCUUGUAGACAGUCCAGGGACAGAUGUCACAUCACAACUGGACAGCUGGAUUGACAAGUUUUGCCUGGAUGCUGAUGUGUUUGUGCUGGUGGCCAACUCUGAAUCCACACUUAUGAACACGGAAAAGCACUUUUUCCACAAAGUGAACGAACGUCUGUCGAAGCCAAACAUCUUCAUCCUCAACAACCGCUGGGACGCCUCAGCAAAUGAACCAGAAUACAUGGAAGAUGUGAGGAAGCAGCACACAGACCGUUGUGUGAACUUCCUGGUAGAGGAGCUGAAGGUUGUGGACCGAGAUCAGGCACCCAACCGCAUUUUCUUCGUCUCUGCCAAAGAGGUGCUCAACUCCCGCAUGCAGCGUGCGCAGGGCAUGCCUGAAACCGGUGGAGCCCUGGCUGAGGGUUUCCAGGAAAGACUGAAGGAGUUUCAGAACUUUGAAAGGAGGUUUGAGGAGUGUAUCUCGCAGUCAGCAGUGAAAACAAAGUUUGAGCAGCACACUAUCAGGGCCAAGCAGAUCACAGAAAAAGUCAAGAGCAUCAUGGACGCCAUCAACAUCGAGGCGGCGGAGAAGAGAGUGGCAGCUAUGGAGGACAGAGAGUAUCAGAUGGACCGACUGGAGUUUGUCAAGAAUCAACUCAACUUGCUGAUUGAUGAUAUCAAGAAGAAGAUCAAGGCCAUCAGUGAGGACGUUGCAUCUAAGGUAUCCAGCGCCAUGGAAGAAGAGAUCUGCCGUCUCCACGUAAUCGUUGAUGAGUUCACCGGUGACUUCCACCCCUCACCACAAGUCAUAAAGAUCUACAAGUCUGAGCUGCUGGCUCAUGUGGAGGAGGGAAUGGGCAAGAACCUGGCCUACCGCUGCUCCAACGCUGUUUAUGCUUCUGUCCAGUCCUCUCAGGGAUACAUGAUAGAGAGCAUGCUCCCUCUGCUUCCCUCUGCGGUCCAGAGCCAAGUCAACAUGCUGGUGCCCAGCAGGAAGUUUGACCUGAGUUACGACCUAAACUGCGCCACACUUUGCAGUGACUUCCAGGAGAACAUUGAGUUUCGGUUCUCGUUGGGCUGGUCGGCGUUAGUCCACCGCUUCCUGGGAUCUGUCAACGCACAGAGAGCGCUCAAAAUGGUCGACCAGAACUUCCAGUCCUCUCGACCGGCGAUGUCCAUGGCCUGUACGCCCUCCUCAGGACCCUCCUCCAUGAUAGCCCCACCAAACAAUGAGACAGCCCUCAUGACCCAGGAGGACCUGAUGGUAGCCAUGGCAACCAAUGUGGCAUCCCUUACCUCCCGCACUUCAAUGAGCGCUGUCAUUGUUGGAGGAGUGGUGUAUAGAGCAGUUGGCUGGAGGUUGAUUGCCAUGUCUGCCUCACUGUAUGGCUUGCUGUACCUGUACGAGAGACUCACCUGGACGACGAAAGCAAAGGAGCGUAGUCUGAAGCGCCAGUUUGUAGACUACGCAACAGAGAAGCUGCAGCUCAUCGUCAGCUUUACUAGUGCAAACUGUAGCCACCAGGUCCAACAGGAGAUGGCUACGACCUUUGCUCGGCUCUGUCAGCAGGUGGACCAGACGCAGAAAGAGCUGGAGGCUGAAAUCCGCCAACUGACAGCCAAGAUAGAUCAGCUGGAGACAGUCCAGAGCCAGUCCAAGAGCCUGCGACAUAAAGCGACAGCCCUGGAGAGACAGUUGGAGGAGUUCACAAACCAGUACCUGCAGCAUCAGCAGUGAGCUGCUCUUCUUCUUCGCUCCAGAGUUUGGUUCUUGUUGAGCCAAUCAUUCCUCAGUCAGGCGCUGCCUCACCCGCUCCCAGUCAGCUGAACUACACCACAGUUUCUGUGUGGACAGUAGUGCUGAAAAAAGGAAUGGAUUUGACCUAUCAACUGAAUAUAGUCUAUAGGUAUUUUGGUAAUCAAUGAAAUGUUAUUAGGCCAGAGCAUCCAACCUCUGCAGCCACUAAAGUGUGAAGAUUUGGCCCCUUUUGUGUCAUUUGUAAAAAUGUAUUCUGUUUUUCUUUUGUCACACCAAAUAGUCCAGUUAUGGGAAACUUAAUGGAAACUUUCAUGUUUUUUUUGACAUUUUGUUGAGUAUUCAGUUAAUCAAAAACCAAAAGAAGAUUGACCGACAAUGAAAACGAUCUGUAGCUUAACUCUUGGCGGACAGGGGAAGGUGAUGGCACUGACAUGGCAGUAUUUUCCUCUCCUCCUUUCCUUCUCAGCCAUUCAGGUGCUUGAAAAAAACUGUAAAACAAACAAAUGGACUCAUGACGUGCAAAGACGCUCCACGAGGUGGCGAUGUAAUCUCGGUCGGCGAGAAGGCUACCAGUCGGGUGCUAUAUUUUGACACUAACGUCCUUCGAACUGUGAAUAUGCCUUUUUUUGACUAACUUUUGAGGAGCAAAUGAAGUUUGUGUCUGUAAGACUGUUCCUGUAUCUGUCCAGGUACAUGAUCUGCUGUAUGUUAGCAAAAAAAAAAAUAUAUAUAUUUAAUAAUAAACAAUAAAUAAUAAAAAACAAACUGAUUUAUAAGGACCUUGUUAGUCUAAGUUCACUGAGAAAUCAUUUGAGUAGAAAGGGAAAGCAUGUCUUUAACAUACUGUAGGUUCAUGUUCUAUUUUCUAAGAAUCCAAACUGUAUAGUUUAAAGGCUUUGGAAAUCCUCAUAUUUUAUAAUAUCCGGUUUUAUUUAUACCCAUUAGACUUGUAAUGACAAUUACACCAGUCUACACUUAUUUUUUCCUAAAUGUGUGUACCUACAGAUUUGUCCGAUUGUAUUAAAUCUGCCACAAUCUAAAA